AUGGUCUUGCUCGUCCUACUAACCAUCACGGCCUUGACUCUCGUCCGGGGCCAGUCCUUUGAUCCCAACAAGGCUGGCCCUCAGAGCUGGGACCCGGCCUCAGUGGGCACCAAUACCACCACAAACACGACAUAUAACAACCCCAUCUUUACUGCGAAUGUGGGGGACCCCUACAUGACAAGAUACUCUGUCAACGGCGACGAGUGGUAUUUGUUUACAUAUAGCACAAACGACAAUAUUACCCUUAGGCGCUCCAGGGCUCUGACAGACAAUUGGGACCACCAAGAGACCCGGGUCGUCUUUAACCCGGACAGCCGAGGCCAGGAUGCUGGGCAGCCGUGGUCUACAGAUAUUUGGGCUCCUGAGAUUCACAACAUAUCUGGAAAGUGGUAUAUCAUCUUCACGGCCACGCCCGACUUCGACAAUCCCCCACCGUUGCAAGAUGCUGCUUGCCCUAUCAACUGCCCUGCCAUCAACCACCGCAUGUUCGUCCUCGAGGGUGAUGGGCCAGAUCCGUGGGUGGCAAAUUUCGAGCUAAAGAGCGAGCUCAACACAUAUGACCAGUUUGCUAUCGAUGGUACUUAUUUCAUUCAUGAUCAGAACAUCUACCACAUUUAUUCAUGUUGGCAGGAGCAGACAUCAGCAUGGCCGGCCAACCUCUGUAUCACACAUAUGAGCGACCCAUGGACGGUCGAUACGAAUCUAACCGACAGGCGUAUGAUAUCCGUGCCAAAUGAACCAUGGGAGCGUGUCCCAUAUGGCUUGCUCGAGCUUGUAGGCAAUGACCCUAUGCAGUAUCAGUCCUGGAGAAAAUAUCGAGACGGUUGUGUGUUCCAUCAGAACAGUAAGGAAAAGGUCUUCGCAACAGGCCAUGCGAGCUUCACAACAAGCCCCGAUGGUUCAGAAAAUUAUAUUGUAUAUCACGCCAUGACCACGGCUGAGCCACCGGCAGAUAUCUACCGCACCGUCAGAGCCCAGAAGUUCACUUGGAAUGACGACGGGACACCGAACUUCCCACUGGCCGAGAACGGCCCGUUCUCUGUCCCCUCCGGACAAAACGGGCAGGUGGCAGCGAACGAGCGAUCCUUGACCGGGCGCUUUGACGAGCAUUGGCAAGGACUGACGUGA